AUGGCACUUUUGUUAAUGUACUACGAACCUGUCUGUACUCUCACUGUUCCAUGUUUUACCAUAGCAGAAGCAGCAGCAAGUACUGGUCUACAUAUUAAGGAUGAGCCCAAAGACAUUUAUGAUACAGCAUCAUCAGGUUGCAACUCUUCAAAUGCAGAGUUCAACGUCAACAGAGCAACUGUUGAGCCUCCACUUGACAACAUGGUCCCAGUCACUGUGGAUGUUCGAUCCACAGAUACCAAGCCCGGAGACUAUGCUCCAGACGAGAGAGGGGCUCAAGAGCCAGGUGAACCAUCAGUCUCUGACCAGGAGGAGGACAGGACAUACAAGUGCAGUGUUUGUUUGGCUACAUGCAUUGACGUAGACCACAUGGAAGUUCACUGCAGAGCUGACAAAGUGAGCACAUUCACCUGUGACACAUGCCAACACAAACGGGCACACACAGGCAUGAAGCCGUACAGGUGUGAUAUGUGUUCUGUAGAGUUCAGCUACAGUGCGAACCUGCGACGUCACAGGAAGACACACACGGGAACGAAGCCGUACAAGUGUGACCUCUGUCCUGAAGAGUUCAGCUGCAGCACAGACCUGCGGCGACACGAGCUCACACAUACGGGCGAGAAGUCAUACAAGUGCGAUCACUGCCCUGCAGAGUUCAGCCGUAGCAUGGACCUUCAGCGUCACAUGCACACUGGCAAAAGGUCAUACAGAUGUGAUGUCUGUUCUGCAGAGUUCAGACACAGCUCAAACAUGCGACGUCACAUGCUCAUACACACGGGUGGGAAGCCACACAAGUGCAAUCUCUGUCCUGCAGAGUUCAGUCGCAGCACAAACCUGCAGAGCCACAAGCAGACACACACGGGUGAGAAGCCACACGAGUGUGACACCUGUCAUGCAAAAUUUAGCCGCAGCACGAACCUGCGCCGCCACAUGCUGACACACACAGGCGAGAAGCGACACAAGUGCAAUCUCUGUCCUGCAGAGUUCAGCUAUAGCACAAACCUGCAGAGCCACAAGCAGACACACGCGGGUGAGAAGCCACAGUGUGACACCUGUCAUGCAAAAUUUAGCCGCAGCACGGACCUGCGCCGCCACAUGCUGACACACACAGGCGAGAAGCCACACAAGUGCAAUCUCUGUCCUGCAGAGUUCACCUAUAGCACAAACCUGCAGAGCCACAAGCAGACACGCACGGGUGAGAAGCCACACGAGUGUGACACCUGUCAUGCAAAAUUUAGCCGCAGCACGGACCUGCGCCGCCACAUGCUGACACACACAGGCGAGAAGCCACACAAGUGCAAUCUCUGUCCUGCAGUGUUCAGCUAUGGCACAAACCUGCGGUGCCACAAGCAGACACAUACAGGUGAGAAGCCAUUCAAGUGCAGUCUCUGUUCUUCAGAGUUCAGCAAGAGGGUGCACCUGCAGCACCACAAUCUGAUGCACACUGGUGAGAAGCCAUGCAAGUGCAAUCUCUGUCCUUUAGAGUUCAGCUAA